AGAAAUUUGAACUAAUGGAAUCUGUUGAGCAAGAGGAGAUUGGAGUGCAAGUGGAAGAGAUUAAUAUUAAUGAGGCUGUUAAGUUUGGAAAUCAGAUGGAUCCUUUUGGGUUUUGAGAAGUAAACCCUAUGAAUGCUUUGCAUUUUGUGUUCAAUUCCAGAUAUAGUAAUGUUAAGAAUAGUAUUAAGAUUGCUUCUUUUCCUGAAGCUGUAUCUUUAAUUGUCUCUAUCAAUAUUACAAAUUAAUCAGCCGAGAAAGAUUAUUAAGACUCUCGAAAACGUUUGAAAUUUAAAAAUGAAAGGAUUCUCAAUUCAUAAUUCUCUUAAAACUCCUGUUGGAAGCAUUAAAGUUAUUAUCAGCCCAAUGCUAAAAAUAUUGCCUAACUUGGUCAAUGAUUGCCAUUUCUCUCAUUUGAAAAUAAAUGGAAUGCAAUUUUCAAGAAUCUUAACUAGUUUUAAAACUCUAAAUAAGUUAAAACUAACAGAAUGCAGAUUAGAUAAGACUAAUAGUCAUCUUAAGCCAAUCUCAGAGCCAUUGAUUGAGAAAAUAGAGUUUAUGAAAUGCAAAGAUUUUGAGGAAGAUGAUCUCAAUAUUGUCAACCCUGUUCUAGAAUCUCUUCUAAAGUGUAUCUCUGAAAAAUGCUCUAAAGAGGCAUUAAAAGAGCUAAAAAUACGCACAAAAGCAACAUCAGACCCAUAUGACUCCCUCAUAACCCUCAGAGCUUCCUGCAACCUAACCAGCACCAAACUGAUCGCCACCAUUACGUCACCCCAUUACGAAAUAACCAUCGAUCCUGAAUUAUAAAACCUCAACCACCA